CACCGUCCACUAGAGGCGUAAAGUUUAUUUUUUUAAUUGUAUUGUACUUCCGUGAAAACAAGGGUCUACUUCCUGUUUUUACGUCUACGCAGUGAGACUCACAACUGAAGGUGAGACACACAGCUGAAGGGGGGCAUGGCAGGUUUCCCCGUACCACUAGACGUGCAGCAGGUGACAGAGUUUGACAGCUCAGGUCUGGAACGCACACUGCCCGCUUUGCAUCCCAAGAGGAUAGCUGAGCGUCUCUUUCUGCCUUACACCCCCCCACCAACAGAGGGCUCUGUGGCUGAAUUAGAGCAAUUCCUGGAGCAGGCCCGUUUCAUUACUGAAGAUCUGGAGUGGCUGCUGGCCCUGUCUCAUGACCUCUUCUGGUGUCAGGUGGUGUUUGAUGAGUCCUUGCAGAGAUGUCUGGAUUCGUACUUGCAGCUAGCCCCUCGUGGUUCAGAUGUACCUGGCCUCCCCUCGUCUCCUGCCCUGGCAGAGGUCCAGAGUGCUCUCCACAGAGCAGUCUUCAUGACCUUUCUCAGAAUGGCCACUUACAAAGAGUCAAAGGAACACUUUCUCACUUCAUCUGCCUUUAAGGAAAUAAUUUAUGACAACUUUCUGUUUGACAUUCCAAAGAUCAUGGAUCUGUGUGUUCUCUUUGGAAAGGGAAACAGCCACCUUCUGCACAAAAUGAUUGAGAACAUCUUCACCCAGCAGCCAUCCUAUUACAAUGACCUGGAAGAAGCAAUGCCCACUGUGUCACAGGUGUUUGAGAGCAUCCUGGAGCGUUGUGGUCUGCAGAGGGAAAGCGCUGCAGCCGUGGAGCCCAUGAAGCUGAGUGCACACAGAGGGCCAGACCUCUCCAGCAUGGACCAGCAGGAGUUGUCUGACCUGCUUCUGUACCUCUGUGACUCAACCAGCACCAUCUACGCCUUCCUGGAGAUCUUCCCACAGGCCUGCUCCAGCUUCUACUCCCAUGGCUUCCUCAGCAGGCUGAGCUCCUUCUAUGAAAGUGCUGUGCCCGAACUGGAAAAGGCAGCAAGGAAAACAACAUUUGAUGACAAAGGGUUGCAGAUGGAGCUGUGGCUGCGACUGUCCCACUCGUGCCGGAGAAUGGUGGACACAGUUCACCUGCUGCUGCACCACACCUGUCUCCAGCCCAUUCUGGAAGGGGGAGACAACAUACAGAAGUGUGCAGAAGAGCUCCUCCACAAUUUCACCUCAUUUUUACCCGAGAAAAGGUUUUUGUGUGACUACAAUGAGCAGUUCCCCAUUGUCGAUGAUAUCAGCCUCCUGCAGCAAGCCCUUCCUCUCAUUGAUGAAACAAGGACAUCAUACCUGCUUCAGGGUGUACAAAGUGCUGUGGAUAGUGUAGGGACAAGAAGACCGGAGGCCCCAGCCCAAAAGAGGGAGGACAACCUAUGGACACUCACCCAACAAUCACAAAAAGCCCUAGGACAACCAGGGGAACAACCAAGACAACAAGAAGGGGGGCAGCCAGCAGCACAGAACUCAGAAGGGCCCCAAAGGAAACAUGUGUGUCCACUGAGCACGGCAGAGGUGGACUCGCUGCUCUCCACUGUCAGAGAUCUGCUGCCUGAUCUGGGGGAGGGCUUCCUACUGGCCUGCCUAGAAGAAUACGACUACAACUCUGAAGUAGUGAUCAACAACAUCCUAGAGGAACGUCUUAGCCCCAGUCUGAGCUCGCUGGACCGCUCCAUGCCGAGAGCUCCCUCAGACCCACUGCCAGAGGUCCUUGACCACAGGUCCAAUGUGUUCGACGAUGAUGAAUUUGACAUAUUCCGACGAAACGAGGUGGAUAUGUCUCGCAUCUGGAAGGGCAGAAGAAAAGCAGAAAGCGCCAAAGAACUGCUGAAUGACAAGCGGCACAUAGCGGAUCAGAGGGAACGGUACCGGUCCUAUGACACAGUGGUGGAUGUGGUGAGCCCGGAGCCUGGAGACAGUCUGGUCUAUGAGGACGAGUACGACGACACCUAUGACAUGAACCAAGUUGGGGCCAACGAUCUGGAUCAGGACAGCCUGCUCAAAUGGAGACCAUUCACCAUGCCCCAGAUCCUCCGUCAGGGACACAAAGCCGAGGAGGAGGAGAGUGAGGAAGAUGCUGAGGACGAGCAAGGACACAGUCAGAACAAUGUACAGGGUGACCAGUUUGUGCAGGAUCCGGCAGUACUGCGAGAGAGAGCUGAGGCUCGGAGAGCCGCCAUGCAGCAGAGGAGAGGGUACAGACAAGAGCGACCCAGCCAUGUGGUGGGACAGCUCAGAGGGCAGGGGCAGAGCCUGGAGACAGUGCUGGACCGCCGCAAGAAAGAGGCCAAUAAAAGCCGCGGAGCCAACCACAACCGCCGCAUGCUGGCAGACCGCAAGAAGAACAAGGGCAUGAUCCCCAUGUGAGCCCUGGGCUCUGGGACUCCAGGGCUUAUGGCAGUGUCACCACUCAAGCAAACCAACAGAGCUCUGGCAAUUGUUGAGCUUGUGGUCAAAGGACUAGCACAUUCAGCACAUGUUUAAAAAUGGUCAUAAUAAACUAAAUUGUAUUUAACAAUAAAAUGAAAUGCAUGUUGUCAAAUCACUGCUGCACUUAUAGGCUUGGGUUGCACCACUAGGGCUUGAUUAAAGUACAUCUCGUUUUCA